CAUGAUUGGAACGAAGUUUUGGUCAUGACAACAUGGCGCUCAAUGGGGAAAGGUCAGCCCUCUCGGGGCUUUCCGACCUCCGGAAAGAGAAGGCAGAGGAGAAGGAGAACCUUUGGAAGAAAAUCCUAGGCGAAGUACAAUCGAGUGAGCGCAAUAAAUUACCAUCGUGCAAGUCUGUUCUCGUCCUGGGUGACAAUGAGUCAGGGAAAACUACGCUCAUUGCCAAGCUACAGGGGAAUGAGGACCCCAAAAAAGGAUCAGGCCUUGAAUAUGCCUACAUCGAUGUUAGGGAUGAAUACAGAGAUGAUCACACACGACUCAGUGUCUGGGUUCUUGACGGAGACCCCAAACAUGCUGAGCUUCUGGAGUUUGCAGUAAAUGCGGACAAUUUGGAACACACAUUGGUAUUACUGACAGUGUCAAUGACAGCCCCUUGGGGAAUCAUGGACCAGCUUCACACAUGGGCCUCCACUCUCCAAGACCACAUAGACAAGAUCAAUCUGGAUCCUGACAAGUUUAAAGAUCGGCAAGAUAAGAUGGCUCGGUUAUGGCAAGACUACGUAGAGCCUGGAGAUGAACUAGAGGCUGGGUCUCCCAUGAAGCGGUCAUCAAGAAACCUGGAGAACGACGAUGAACCUGUCUUGCCUCUCCCAGAAAAUGUUCUUACCAGAAAUCUUGGACUUCACGUUAUAGUUGUAGUUACUAAGACUGAUUAUAUGUCAAUUUUAGAAAAGGACUUUGAUUAUAAAGAAGAACACUUUGACUUCAUUCAGCAGUCAAUUCGAAAGUUCUGCCUUCAGUAUGGUGCAGCUCUUUUCUAUACUUCAGUGAAGGAGGACAAGAACUGCGAUCUGUUGUACAAGUAUCUAGUCCAUAAAAUCUACAACUUCCCCUUCAGAACCCCAGCACUUGUUGUUGAAAAAGAUGCUGUGUUUAUACCGGCAGGUUGGGACAACGAUAAAAAGAUCGCAAUCCUUUAUGAAAAUAUGCACACAAUGAGCCCAGAUGAUUACUAUACAGAUGUCAUUGUUAAGCCGCAAGUGGUUCGUAAGGCUGUUGCCCGGGAGGUGGAAGUUCAGGCUGAGGAUGAGCAAGCAUUCUUAGCGCGGCACCAAGCACAGUUACAAGCAGGAGGCCCAGGUGCACCCAAUGCUACACAGGGUCGUCAAGAAUCACCACUUAGACAGUCACCAGCUGUACAGAAGACCAGUGACCGACGGGUAUCUUCAACUGGAACGCCAAAUCAAAUUGGUUCGCCAAAGAAGAUUGAAUCAACGAAGCCUGGAGUUGCUGGAGCAAAUGAAGGAGUCCUUGCAAACUUUUUCAAUUCUCUUCUUAGUAAGAAAACUGGAACAAAUGCCCCAGCACCUGGAGCCAUAAAAACUAAUGAGAAGGCUGCCAUGCGAUCAGAUGCUGCUGCCGAGCUUGACCGUUUGACGCGAUCCAAGAAGCCAACAGCAGCAAAUAGUUCUCCAGAAACUAACAACUCCUCUGAAUGUUGACUCCCAGUUGGCACCUCUACCGGCUGUGCUAUGGAAAGGUGUUUUGGUGCCCCUGCCUGACAGUCUACACGUACAUUUUUGCUAAGAGAAUGGAAACAACUUCAUGGCGUGUAGCAUUCAUGGUGUCGGGGUUGGCUGCCUGUCUGGUUGUUCCCUGUCAGAGAGGAUCUGGCAAGGGAUGUGAGACCUAAUAUGGGUAGCUUUUUCAUUCCUUUGUAUGAUAAAAUGCAAUGUUAAGUCUACCUUUGAAAGGUACCAUCUGGAAGGUAUACAACUGUAGCAGCUAUAUAAAAAAAAAAAAUCGAAUGUAUAAAAGACUUCAAAAAUACACAAUACUAUCCUCUGCAUGGAAUAGCAUGCUGCAACAGUGUGUGAAUGGCAUACCUAAGAGUUUGUCACAACCACUUCUAUAGUGGCUACAUGAUCAGCAGUGGAUGAGUUCUGAAGUGACCAAACAACUGCAGCAUCUUGACCCAGAGCUGAUUGGCGCUGCAUUACCCAGGCUGUGUACCAAGGGGUUAAUACCUUUGCAAGAGAAGCAAGUGUUGCCCUCGGGACUGGAGGACUGGCAGAGCGUGUUGUGUCCUGUAACAUAUUUUCUUAUUUAUUUGUUAAUUUUAUAAACUCUUUGCUUCCAUGCUGUUACUUUAGGGCUCCUAUGCUUGUGACCCUCAAAUGUUUUUAACUCGAGCUAAUCACUUUGGGGCUUUAGUUAUGACUCGGCAAAUAUAACACCAGUGAAACAGAUUUGUGUGUAGUGAACCUAAAAGAAAAAAAAAAAAGAUUGAAAGAAAGCAGUCAUUGAUUGAAAUUACACUGCUCAGGCAUAUGCAAUGUAUUAUUUCUGAUGGUGGUAGCUUGGAUGUUAUCUUACAGAUAAUAUCUGUCCAUCUGUGAUUCAUUCUUGAUUAGCCUGUUAAUACUAAAGAUGUCAAGACUACUUGUAUUUUUACUUUUUCACUUUUUCCACAAAUUUCUGUAGAAUGAGAAUUCAGGCUUCAUAUUACAAAUUAUGUGCAAAGCCAUAAAUCAUUUGAUAUUUUCUGGCUAUAUUACCUUUUUGUUCUGGCAGGUCAAUUAUCUGACUUACUGUGGCCAAGAAAACACAAGGGGCAAAAAGUUUCUAGAGCAGAAUGGCAGCAAUAGGGCUGUGAACACCACCAGACCAAAUCAUGAAUAUUAACCACCUUUCAUUCUACAUAGAAGAGUUCCUUCCCAGCGUGACCAUUGCCCAGACAUUGUGAACAAGCUACUCUAAGCUAGAUACAAAGGAUGAUAUUACUUGUGGGUCAAUUAACCUCAUCUUUAGUCCAACAUUUUCAUCCUUAAUGCCAAAGCUUAAUAAAAAAAAAAAAUGUUUCUUUGUGUGUAUAUAUUAUAUAAAUAUAUAUAUAUCUCAUGGCUCUUAGUAAUGUUCUGUCUCAUCCUGAGAGUUCUCCCCAGACCUCCCUGUUCUCUUACUGAGUCAUACCCUGAUAUUGUCUGCUUGGGCUGGAGAAAGGGAUUAGUAUGUGUAAAGAGGGAAAGUAACGUUUUGUCUAUUAGCAGCUUUAAUGAUUGGGGAUGUUGUCUGCCUCAAAUACACCAGUGAAAGCAAAGGAGUAAAUGUUAGUAUUACAACAGUUAUUAGAUUUACAAUUUUUGUAUUAACUUUUUUUUUUUUUUUUUUUUU